AUGUAUGGGAUGCUGGGAGGAUGCGACAUCCUCAUCGUUUACAGCCGAGAUGCUGAGGAGUGGUGCCAGUACCUUCAGGACCUUUUCCUUUCCAGUCGGCAGGUCCGCAGCCAGAAGACACUGACUUACAGGCUGAGCCCCAAGACGUCCUUCUCCGCCGAGGACCUGAGCUUCUUUCUCCGCGUGCGCUGCAUUGUGGUGCUGCUCUCUGCCGAGCUGGUGCAGUGCUUCUGCCAGCCGAGCUUGCUGCCCCUGCUGCAGAGAGCCUUUCAUCCUCCACACCGCGUAGUGCGGCUGCUCUGCGGGGUACAGGACAGCGAGGAGUUCCUGGACUUCUUUCCAGACUGGGCCCACUGGCAGGAGCUCACCUGUGACGAUGAGCCUGAGACUUACGUAGCAGCUGUGAAGAAGGCCAUUUCUGAAGAUUCUGGCUGCGACUCCGUCACUGACCCCGAGACUGAGGACGAGAAGGUCCUUCCCUACUCAAAGCAGCAGAGCCUGCCGCCACUGGAGACUCCGCCUGGGACCCUGAUGGUGGUGCAGCCGGGGCGCAUCCGCUGUGGGGCAGAAACCACUGUCUACGUCAUCGUGAGAUGUAAGUUGGAUGAGAAGGUGACAACAGAAGCCGAAUUUUCUCGUGAGGAUUCUCCCUCGAUAAGGGUGGAAGCCAAGCUGGAGAAUGAGUACACUGUUUCUGUGAAAGCUCCCAACCUUUCAUCUGGGAAUGUUUCUCUGAAGAUAUAUUCCGGGGACUUAGUGGUGUGUGACACCUUUAUCAGCUAUUAUACUGACAUGGAGGAGAUUGGGAAUUUAUUGUCCAAUGCUGCAAAUCCUGUGGAGUUCAUGUGUCAGGCCUUUAAAAUUGUGCCCUACAACACGGAGACCCUUGAUAAACUGCUAACGGAGUCCCUGAAGAACAACAUUCCUGCAAGUGGGCUGCACCUCUUUGGAAUCAACCAGCUGGAGGAAGAAGACAUGAUGACGAAUCAAAGGGAUGAAGAGCUGCCCACUUUGUUGCACUUUGCUGCCAAGUACGGACUAAAGAACCUCACUGCCUUGUUGCUCACCUGCCCGGGAGCCCUACAGGCCUACAGUGUUGCCAACAAGCACGGCCACUAUCCUAACACCAUCGCCGAGAAGCACGGCUUCCGGGACCUGCGGCAGUUCAUCGACGAGUAUGUGGAAACUGUGGACAUGCUGAAGACUCACAUUAAAGAGGAGCUGAUGCAAGGGGAGGAGGCUGACGCUGUGUAUGAGUCCAUGGCCCACCUGUCCACAGACCUGCUCAUGAAAUGCUCCCUCAACCCCGGCUGUGACGAGGACCUGUACGAGUCCAUGGCGGCCUUCGUCCCAGCUGCCACCGAGGACCUCUAUGUUGAGAUGCUUCAGGCCAGUACAUCUAAUCCAAUCCCCAGGGAUGGUUUCUCUCGGACUACUAAAGACUCUAUGAUUCGCAAGUUUUUAGAAGGCAACAGCACGGGAAUGUCCAGUUUGGAGAGAGACCAUCUUGGUCAGGAAGAAGAUGUAUAUCACACAGUGGAUGAUGAUGAGGCCUUGUCAGUGGACUUGACCAACAGGCCCCCUGUCCCAGUGCCCAGACCAGAGGCCAGCGCAUCUGCCACUCACCAGCCAUCUGACAAUGAAUCAUACAUUUCUAAAGUUUUUGCAGAAAAAAGUCAAGAGAAGCCUGGGAAUUUCUAUGUUACCUCAGAGAGCAUGAGGAAAGAGCCACCUGUCAGACCGUGGAGGGACAGGCCUCAGUCGAGCAUAUAUGAUCCCUUUGCUGGGAUGAAAACACCAGGCCAGCGCCAACUCAUUACCCUCCAGGAGCAGGUGAAGCUGGGCAUCGUCAAUGUGGAUGAGGCCGUGCUGCACUUCAAAGAGUGGCAGCUCAACCAGAAGAGGCGGUCAGAGUCCUUCCGCUUCCAGCAGGAAAACCUUAAACGACUAAGAGACAGCAUCACCCGAAGACAGAGAGAGAAGCAAAAAUCAGGAAAGCAGACAGACUUGGAGAUCACGGUCCCAAUUCGGCACUCACAGCACCUGCCUGGGAAAGUGGAGUAUGGAGUCUAUGAGAGUGGCCCCAGGAGAAGCGUCUUCCCCCCAAGGACAGAGCUAAGACGAGGAGACUGGAAAACAGACAGUACCUCCAGCACAGCAAGCAGUGCAAGUAACCGGUCCAGCACCCGGAGCCUCCUCAGUGUGAGCAGCGGGAUGGAGGGGGACAACGAGGAUAAUGAAGCUCCCGAGGCUACCAGGAGUCGUAGUCCGGGCCCUCCACAAGUGGACAGCAUGCCCACCGUUCCCCUUGAGAGGCCCCCCAGGGUGCCACCCCGAGCUGCCUCACAGAGGCCUCCGACCAGGGAGACCUUCCAUCCUCCUCCACCUGUUCCACCCAGAGGUCGCUGAUUCCACC